AUGGGGAACUGUCUUUACCCGGUGAGUGUGGCUGAUGAUAACUCCACCAAGCUGGCCCUCGAAGAGGCAUUUUGGAGUGGAUUUCAGGAGACCGACUAUCCAGACUAUAAUGAGGCCGACAUGGAAGCAGCUGCGCCCUGCCACUCCUGCCCACUGCUCGACUACUCCUCACUGCCCUUCUUCAUCCUUGUCAGCGUCCUGGGCAUCCUGGCUAGUGGAACUGUCCUCUACGCGCUUCUCAGACCUCUGUUCCGCUGGCAGCUCUACCGGGACAGGUCUACCCUGGUGCAGCUGGCCGUGGGCAGCGCCCUCUUCAGCAUUGUGGUGCCCAUCCUGGCACGGGGGCUCAGUGGGGCGCCCAUCACCUCCCUCUGCCACCUGGCUCACUUGGUCGCCUAUGGCUCAGCCUUUGCUCAAGCUCUGCUGAUAGGGUACCAUGCCUGCCUAGGCCCCCAGCUGGGUGCGGGCCAGGUCCCAGGCCUCAGGCUGGGGAUCACCGUGGGACUUUGGGGAGUGGCCACCCUCCUGUCCCUGCCAGUCACGCUGGGCAGUGACACUUCCCAAGGACUCUGCACUGUGACCUUCAGCGGGGAGUGGGAAAUGUUGCGAUACAUACACGCUGCAGCCUGUUUUGCCAUCUUUGUCUUGUUGCCCCUGGGUUUGUUGGGAGCCAAGGGGCUGAAGAGGGCGCUGGGCAGGGCGACUUGUUCCUGGGUCGAUAUCCUGUGGGUCUGGUUCAUUUUUUGGUGGCCUCAGGGCAUGUCUCUGGGAUUGGACUCUCUAGUGAGGUCCAGGGCCAUAGUGGUGUCAACAUGUCCGGCCCAGCAGGCCUUGGACAUGCUGCUGGAUGUGGCAGAAGCCCUGGCGAUAUCGCACUGCGUGGCUACACCCCUGCUCCUCGCCUGGGUCUGCCACCAGGCCACUCACACCUCCCCACCCUCCCUGCCUCUGUCUACAACACAGACUUCUCAUCUGGACACCCUUGGAGGCAAAUCCUAG